CGCUAACCUAGAAGAAAUUCGUAUGCCGACUGUACAUAUGAAUAUUGUAUACAUUAUCAUACUAUAUUCAUUGAGUUGGUGCAUAUGUAUAUGUUAACGCAGGCCUGAUAUUUUGUGUUUGUAUGGAUAAUAUUACUAGAUUCGAGCAAGCAAAACAGUAACACGGUUGCUGAAAGAUCGUGAUAUUCAUUUGUUGUUUAAUAUACUUUAUUAAUCAUUAAUGUAUAUAUAAUACAUAUAUGUAACAUUGUAUAAAAGUGUAACAACUCAAAUAAUGGACUUAAAAAACAUUAGCUCAAGAAUUAUAUUUUCUGAUAAUAUUAUCAGGCAGAGUUUGAAUAAACAACCAAUUGUUUCAGUUACAUUAGAUGAUGAUGAUCAAUUUUUUCAAAAGAUAAAAUCAGAUAUUGAUAGAAAUCUACUACAUACCAAAGAAAAUUACAAACCAAAUAAUUACUAUCAAGGUGCAUCACUGAAAAGGAAAAAAUGUAUAUUUGAUGAAGAAACUCAAAAUAUAAUUAAGAGAUUUAAAAAAGAGAGGAACCAUAAAAUACAUACUCUACAAACAUCAAGAGAUAUAAAUAUUCCACAAUCUAAUCAUGUUGACAACAAUAUAAAACAAAUACAUGAUAUAAUAACAAAUAUCAAUACUAAUAAAAAUAUUAUACAAGAAACAAAUAUGUUUUCUUCCAAUGUUUUAACUACAAACUUAAGAAAUCCUAAAAACUAUGUAUUUCAAAUGGCUUCAAAGUUACAAAAGAAUGUUUUGCCAUUCCCUACUGUUGAAACAACAAUUCUUAAGGAAGAAUAUGAAGAAUCUUUAUUUUUUGCAAUGUUUCUUACCCCUCCAGAUAAUAAUUCAAUUGAAGAUAAUGAAGGAUUUGAAACUUGUAGUACAAUAUAAAAUUUACUAUCAGAAAAGAAUUAAACUAAAGAUAUUUAAAGUUAUCUUAAUUUUAAACGUACAUAUUUAUUUGAUAAAAUUCAUGUUGAAUACUUUGUGACAUACUCAUAAUAAAAUUAUUAAAGUUAUGAAAUA